CAUACAUACAUAUAUAUGUAUAUGUACUUCAUUUACUUCAUUUGAUUACAUGAAAUUCAAAGCCUUCGACAAAAAUUUUAAAUCCAAAUAGAGCCUAUAAAAAUUAAAUUUAAACGAAUAUUUCCAAAAAAAGGGAAAAAACAUGUUUUCAAAGAAAUGAAUUUACAAAAAAAUAUAUAAAAACUAAAAUUUUGAAGUAUCCACCUAGAUAUAAGUGACGAUUCUCAACAACAUUAAACUUUUAGCUUAAGUGAUUCAAUGUAAGUUUCUUUUUCAACAAUAUUAAAAAUUACUAGCUUUAAGUGACUCAAUACAAUUUUUCCCUAUCGAUUUAAUUGCUUUAUCUUUUUUCUAAAAAUACAACUUGCUGAAUUUAUCGAAAGUUAACUGAUGUACAUGUGUACCAAAAUUUAAAUAUUCGACAAUCUUUGAAAUCUUUUGAAAUACAUUAUGAAAACAUUAGAGAAAAAAGCUUACUUUUAAUUUGCAUGGGAAUUUGCAAGAUAAAACCUACUCCUUUUGCAUGUGAAAUACUCCCAGCCUCUUUGCAUGAAAAUUUCAGCGGAUUGUGGACUAAAAGGACAUAACUCAAUACAGUUUGUAAAAUUUACUUAUCAUUUUUUUUAAACUCAGUGAACGACAGUUAACGGAAGUAAUUUUUCUUAUAUUUUAUUAAACUUGACGUGUUAUGACCAAAUUUGACGAAGAGUUUAAAGAAAAUUAUUCAGAAUUUUUAAAAAUUUCGAAGCGAAUUUUGCAAAAUCGUCCUCUUUCGACAAACGCAACAAAACUUAACGAGUAUAGAGAUUCACUUAUAAACUCGUACAAUAACAUUUUAUUACACGUCAAGGGUCAUAGCGAAUCGUGUGAGUUUAGUGAAGUACAGGUAAAGUUAACACGUUGCAAGGAUCUUUUAAGCAAGUGUUUUAUAAAAUUGAAUUCUCAGAUUAAAAUUCCAAUAGAGCCUCUAGCAUUAAUUUUCAAAACAGAUUUAGCUAACUCUGAUAGCGAAGAAGAGUACUUCGACGCAAAAUCACAAGCUUCAGUGAGUUUUGCCAUUAAAAGAAGCGCUUCGCUUCCAAGCAUAAAAGAUUCGCUAAGUGUACUAGAGAUUCCAGCAAGUGCAACUAGUUCACCUAAUUUUUCAAUUUAUUCCAAAGUUUUGACAGAAAUGGCCACAGCAGAGCAAAAGAAAUCUUUUAUAAGCCUUUGUGCUUCGAUUAAUAGAGAAAAUUAUAGUGGGGAUCCGUUAGCGCUCGAGUCGUUUUUAGAUAAGAUUAGUUUGAUUGAGGACUUAGCUGAAGAAAAUUUGACCAGUACAUUAAUCGCAUUUUUGAAAUCCAAGUUAGAGGGCAAAGCCCGCGAAGCCAUACCUACACAAAUAAAUUCUGUUAGUGACAUAAAAUCUGCUCUACGCAAUAGAAUCAAACCUGACAACUCGAAAGUUGUGGCAGGAAAAAUAGCGGCGUUACACGUUAACAACAACAAUUAUUCAGACUUUGCCAAACGCGUUCAAGAAUUAUCCGAUUCACUUGAGCGGUCGUUAAUUAUAGAAGGAAUGACUCAAGAAAAGGCUCACGAAAUGGCGAUUGAGCAAACUGUUAACGUGUGUCGUCUAAACGCCAGGUCUGAUUUAGUAAAAUCUAUUUUAGCUUCAACAAAAUUUUCCGAUUCUAAAGACGUAGUUGAAAAACUAAUUGUAGAGCAGAAUAAUGAGGUGAAGGAGCGACAGGUUUUAACUUUUCGAUCGCGUGGUAUCAAUACGUUUAGAAAUUCACGUGGUGGCUAUCGUGGGACUAACCCAACUCGCAAUUUUACUGCUUAUAGGAAUAACAGGUCAUUUUCUUCUAAUAAUAAUAACUUCAAUAGCUAUAACAGUCAACGAUAUCGACCCGCUAAUGAAAACCGCUAUCAUAAUAACAACAAUGGUUCACGGGUUAAUUCCAACAACAACACCAAUAGGAACAAUAAUGCACGAACAGCAAACGGUAGGAGUAGGAAUGCAAAAGUCCGUGCUUUAAACGCUCUUGCCCCUCAGGAGCGAACACUGGGGGAGCAGGAGUAAACUAGUAAACAACUAGACGAUUUUUCUACAGCAAAAAGCAUUUACUGCUUAAACCUAAACUAUUCAGAUUUUAUCCAAUUAGAAGUUUCCGGGUCUAAUAAGUUAUGUACAUUUUUGGUCGACACACAAGCCGACAUUUCUUUAAUAAAAAUGUCGUUUUUCCAAAAAUUUUCCAAUUGAUACGAAUGAUAUUAUCCGCAUAAUGGGCGUUACUUCUAAUACUGUUGCUACUCUGGGUAAAAUAACGACAAAUUUGACUUUUUCGGACUUUUUUAUAAAACAUACGUUACAUGUGGUUAACGACGACUUUAAUAUUCCAGCAGACGGCAUAUUGGGUAAAGACUUUAAAAUUCAAUAAAUGCGUUAUCAGCUACGCAAGCAAUUGCAUUUCCUUCUGGGUAGGUAACAAAAAAAUCGCGAUUCCGAUUCUUCACGGAACUGAAAGCGAUACCUGCGUGAUUCCACCCAGAUGCGAAGUUUUUCGUCAUUUUAAUUUAGGAAGUGCACCAGAACCACUUUUUGUGGAAUCACAAGAAAUCGAUAGCGGUGUAUACACAGCACGAUGCAUAAUUAGUACAAACAACCCAAUCGUCAAAGUCAUAAGUACCACAAACGAAAUAAAAUACGUAAAGAACUGUAACAUUCGGACUGAAAAACUCUCUAAUUUUAACGUUUACUCCCUUAAUAAGACAAGAAACGAUGACAACCGGACAAAAGAACUGAUUAACGUUUUGAAAAAACAAAUUCCUAGUUACGCUGAAAGCAAAUUACUUAACUUGUGCGUAGAUUACGCAGACAUAUUUGCACUUCCCGAUGACAAAAUGACGUUAAAUAACUUUUACGAACAAAAACUAAGAUUG